AUGAGCAGCCCUACCGUCGGGUCCCUUCUGGCUGACAUUGCGACACUCAUCGGUGAUGGCCUGCGAAUCUUCCAGCUUGCCGAUAAGAGCCAAUGGGGACCUGACGAACACGAGCAGUUGCGCCUGCUCGAGGACACCCUCGACGACGCCAAGAAGGACUUCCAGGAGCUGUCGGUCCUCGUCAAUGGCCAGCGCUAUUACAUGAAUGACCGUAAACCCCCUUCAAUCGCCGAGUUACGAGUACUGCAUUCGAAAUUCGAGCUUCAUGUCGCAAACUUCAAGGACUGGGCGAGGAUAGGAGGGCCGGUCAACCCGGUAUGGGCACGGGACACGACAGAAUUGCGUCGCGAACUUCACCGUGCACAGUGCCGUGCCGCCCGGAGGAUAUUCGCAGCAGAGCAGGAGACGUCAGCAAGGUGUCUAGGCGCCUUCCUUGUCUACAGAAAACAGCGCGAAUGGCAGAACCGGCCAGCUAUGGACGAACAUGAGCACCAUCGGCGGCAUGUGGAGGAAGUGGUGGCUUGCAACACCAUUGGCAAGUUUGAGCGUUUCGGAGACAGAGACAUUGCUUUCGUGUGCGACUUUUGCGACGGGCAUCUGGUAUGGGAGGAUCUAGAGAGCAUGCCAUCGCUGCGUGCGGCCGAGGAGUCCAGCACCAGCCCUGUGCCGCCCAUCUCGCCGACGACGCAAAUGCCGCACUGGCAGGCGAGAGCUUUCACCACGUCAAAACGCCGAGAAGAGAAGACAGUUGUGUUCGCGCCCUUGGCGAUAGCGAACCACAUGGCACCAUACCAGGGGGAUUGGGUCGCCCGCUUCCUAUGCCCCUUUUGCGACGAGGCGCCGUACACCGAGGGGAGCAGCGACGACGAUGACCUACGAAAUACCCCGGACGACACCGGGUUUGAGGAUCUUCGGGCUUUCCAGGAACAUCUCGAAUGGCAACACACGGCGGCCUCAAUACCAGCCGUGCCCCUACCCCGGGCAGCCAAAGAAUGUUUGGUGAUGUGA